AUGUUAUGUCGCCCCCAGAUUCUAUCUCCACCAGAAAGCGCGCGACAGGCCGCUCAGGCUGCGAAACGGACCACCUUCUUUGAUGAAUUCUACUCUGCUGGUCCAUCUAUAGUCGCUGAUCCCCAUCCCCCUAUCACUCAUCUUACUGGCACAGGGGAGCCGUCGGUGACCCAUGAACUGGAGGAGCUUCUACCGCCGCUGAGUCCUGGUCUAGCGCCUAUUGAGCUCGAAGAUGACCAUUUACAUAUUGAUGAGCCGCCUCUUCCUUUAGGCCAUUUCGAGGCUGCUGCCAGUCCUGAGCCAGAAACCCCAGUCCUACGAUCCCCACGGACGCGCAGUGAGCGACGCCGUGUUGUUAAUCAUUUGAAUAUUGAGAUUCGAGUCCCCCUACCACCUAUUAUCAGACCUGGCGAGGAUAUCUGCACGCUUGCACGUGCUCUCGCAGACCAGCUCUAUCAGCAUCAUGGCUGUUGUCAUCAAUGCCAUGAGCAGGCACACACGGCGCAUCAAGAGGCACAUCUGAUUCAUACAGCGCUUGCGGACUAUCUAGACCAUAUCAACACAGACGGAGACUUUCCGGACGUGCUGAGCUCAACCACGAUCGCUACCCGCGAGUCCAAUCUCGCUCAGAGAGUAACUAAGCAGCGGAAACAACAGGUCUUCUGCGGAAUAGAUCCUGGGCAGCCAGACCAAUUACCAACACAUCUCUGUUUGUCAGCCGACCAUCGCCCGGACCCUACAUUAGAAGUCACGUUAGAUAUUGAUAGUGUGGGUGGAUUCGUGAGUAGUUUGGCAGUGGCUCGUCAUGGGAUCCGAUGGUAUCCUAUGCAGGUGCCUGUCUCUGAUCUCCAGUCAGGCCUACAUUUAAAUCCGAUUUCGGUGCAGUAUCACGACCUGAAUGGGCAGGCCCAUACCAUUCGCCGACCUGUUCAUCAAGUCCCGCACUAUACCUUUGGCCGCCUGAUCGGGUUUGAGGAUAUUUCUCUAUAUCUGCUCUUUCCCCGACUAUACCGUGAAAAUCAGCAAUCCAGCCGUCUGUUAGACCAGGAUUUCAAGCAAUGGACGGACGAUAUUCUCCUCCCAAUUAUCAAUCGCUGUCAUUUGGGCCACCUUGUCCAACACUACCCAUCUAGCUUUGAUCACAGUCGGCUCAACGCCACUGCCCGUGGCGUGGAAAUGCGGUCGCAGCGAGUUGAUCUAGUCGUACGCGAGCAGCUUCUCUUUUACUUUCUUCCUCCCGAGGCGCUCACCACCGUCUGGGAACAGAUUCUCGAGGCGACCCAACGCCCAGGCUUCCAUCAGUUCCAGGACAUAAAGAUCCUGAUUGAGGGGAAAAACCUGAAGACCCUGACCAAGGCGCAUACGUUGGCCGAUCUGAUCGAGGGCUUUCAACAGCACUGGCAGAAUGCCGUCCACGAGACCUAUCUCUCGGAGCCGUUCUUCUAUGAUAUUGGAAAGGAAACAUGCCCGACGGCUGUAUUCGAGCCCUCUGAGAGCCAGCCGCAGACGUUGCUCUGGCGGCGAUGCUGCCUAGACGCCUAUAGCCAGUGGAUUCAUAGCAAACAGCCACCGGAUGCUCCCCAUGCCCUUCAGCGAUUCUACCCGAUCAGUAUGCUUGAGGAUACCGGCAGCCUCACCUUGGAAACCCGGCGAUCAUCGCCGCACCGGCAAGCUGGUCUUUUCUACAGCCAGUUCUACGCCAGCGUGAAAGAGGUCUUUACCGCAGGCAAUAUCUAUCCUUUUACCAACUCCGGUUUGGAGACCCUGGCGCUCGAUCCGAAGCUCCGAAAGACCUGGCAAACUGUCGGGGGCGGUCUGAGCCAUAAUCCCAUCGCUCUGAAUCGCGCCUACCUGACCACAAAGCAACGGUGUCAUGCCGCCCUUCAAGGCUCAAUCCAGAAGGUCUUCGGCCUGCGAGAAGAGCACCGCGUGUCUCGGACGCUAUUCGAUCAAAUCAUGCGAGAAUUCCAGGACCGGGGACAGUUGACGACCCCAUUUCUGAGAAUUCCUGAUUCCUUGGAGAGUUUCUAUGCCCUUCCAACCUCUACGCUCCUUCGAUGGUUCCGAUGGAAUAUUAACAAGUUCUGUGUGGGCUUUGAGAUGGUCUACAGCCUUAAUGACCGGCAUUUUAUGACCUGGGAACAUACACGGAUGAUGUUGAUGUUCCUUCGCUGUCUCCUGUUCUCUUACUCGGGGGGUCUUCUCGAGCGGGUAUCGGGCUGCUGGCGAGAUGUCUGGUUUCGCCCAGAUCCAACCCAGCCCGACGGCCUUCGCCGCUGCGAGGGGCUAGGGUUUCAGCGGAAUAUGCAGCAAUCCGGAUACGGCUGGUUUCUUGAUAAGAUCGACUGGGAGAUGAUGGUGUUCCGCCAGCCCGCCGCGCAGUUCAUACAAUUUAAUAAUCCCUCGCUGCAAGCCGCGUAUCACGCCCGCUACUCCCAAGUUUGGGAUGUCCGCGUGGACUUUAUUCAGAUCAGCCAGAUCCAUCAGUGGAUGACCGAGUUCAGCAGUAUUCUAACUUGUCAGGAAUAUCUUCAGAAAUAUCUUCGUCAGCUCUGUUUACGCGCCUUCCGCAAGGAUGUCUUUGCUCAGAUUAAGCCACUUCUGAAUAAAGAGUCAGCUACCGCCGCACUGGCAGGUGAGGUCCCGCUAUGCUGGCCCAGUCUGGAAAACGCGCUUCAGGCCCGAUUCCGGCCUCCACACAUUGCUUCGGGAAAUCGUAUGGCGGUCAAGCACAUUGAUGUCCUAUUUACAUGGCUCUGGGAAUGGCGUGACGGACGAUUUAAACGGAAAGGAUGGGAUAAUAAGCCCUAUCGGCUCUUAUAUCAAAAGAGCUUUGAGAUUAUCACACUGAUCCAAGGAAAGGACGCUGCUCAUGAGUGGAAGCAAAGUCUGAAAGCCUCCUUUAUUCAGAGCCAUUGGAUGCUGCCCUAUCCCCAAAACAAUAGUUUCAUGCGAAAAUCCAAAGAGAGUGGUCAGGUUAUGUGGUGGUCCAGUGUUCACCGCGGUCUAGACCUUUAUUAUAAGGAACUCGAUUCCUUUGAGAAGCCCUUUCCGGCCUCCUAUAUCAAACAUCAUCCUAUCGAUCAUUGGGGCCCAUCUCGACCCUCCCUCUCCCAUCUCGACUAUACUAUUCAACCGGAGCAACGACUUCUUCAUCUCUCUGAUAGCGACCUGUAUCAGCAUCUGACCGAGCUACGUACUCAGUGGAAUUCUCGAACCUGGACGCCACGUCCGUCGGGGCGCCAACCGUCUCGAGUAAUAUUUGAGAUUCAGGAGCGGGUUGAGAAUCCAUUCAACCCAAUUACAGGCCCUGUUGAGACAUGGUCUAUAUCAGCGUGCAGCCGGAUGCUUCAGCCAGCAUUAUAUAAAUACGAGAUUCUCCAGCAUCGUCAGCAGUGUUUUCAGCGCCGUCACCGCCAUUCCACAGUACCUGACUAUUUCUCUGACACAGAGCCUGAGGUGCAGGUAGAUGCGGAUCAGCAAACAUCUGAUGAAGAGGGUAUCGAGCCUCAGAAAACACGUUUAGAGGAGUACAUUCAGCGUAUCGAGAGACGGAUGUUUGAGAUUAUUUGUGAGGAUUGA